AUGGCAUCUUCAUCAUCGUCAUCGCCGGAUCUCACACCGGCUCCGUAUCCCCCACAAACGCCAGAUUCACCCAAAUACACAACAUUUGAAGAAGUUCUCGAAGACCUCUCAAGUCGCUUCAUUCUCAACCUCCCCGACGAUGAGCUUGAAUCGCUGGAACGAGUAUGCUUUCAGGUCGAACAAGCUCAUUGGUACUACGAAGAUUUCAUCCGAGAUGUCAAUCCGAAGCUGCCCUCGCUACCUCUCAAGCGAUUUUCAGAGAUGUUGUUCCAGGCAUGCCCCUUAUUGCACAGGUGGAGUGGCAAUCACGAAGGUGCUUUCGACCACUUCAUGAAGUACAAGACACGCGUGCCCGUCUGCGGUGCCAUAAUGCUUAACGAGACAUGGGACAAGGUCAUUCUCGUCAAGGGUUGGAAGCAGUCCUCAGGUUGGGGCUUCCCGAAAGGAAAAAUCAAUCAGAGUGAACCUCCGCAUGCGUGUGCCGUUCGCGAAGUUCUAGAAGAGACGGGGUAUAACCUUGCCGAUCAAAUCGACCCCGACGAUGUCAUCGAAGUGUCUAUAAGAGAGCAGCUCAUCUCCCUAUAUAUCGUGCCUGGCGUACCAGAGAGUUUUGAGUUCCAGACAAGGACGAGGAAAGAGAUUAGUAAAAUCGACUGGUUCAAGCUCAUCGACCUACCUACAUGGAAGCGUAAUAAGCCCGUCCCUGGAAAAUUCUACCUCAUCGGCCCCUUCAUCGCGUACGCACAGCCUCCUAUAUCGUUUUGA